UGUCCUUUGAAGUAAUUACUUCGUUCCAAAUGUAACUUUACAAACAGUUUAUGUUUAGAAAGAGCUUAUUUAAUGGGCUGUGUUGCAUCAUGUCACUUGGCUCCACUUUUAAUCCAGGGCCACUGGAAUAACACUGGCUCGGAGCCUGCCCGGGUCCGUCCUCCUUCCGCCUCACACGUGGCUGGCGAGCGGCUGCUCCUUGGAGAAGAGCUGGACGUGAGGAGCAAAAGCUGGUUCUUAUCAGCAGCGCUGCUGCCAGCUCCAAAUUGUGCACUUGGAGUCCCCAUAAUGCCUCCUAAAGCUCCUCUGCUCUUUGAUAGCAUCGAAUUAGCGCCGGCGAACGUCAAUAUUGGAGGAGGUUGAUGAUGGGAGGAAGGAAGCUCAGGGGUAAUCAGCUCUGAAGCAGCUCACGAUAAGGUACCAAAAUGGGCUGUAAUUACGUGCGUGGGGGAGUUGCAGAAGGAAAGGAGAAGCUCCCCAGCAGGAAGCCAUGAAAACUGCACAGAGCCUGCAGGAGAGUCCAGGAGGAAACACAGCCCCAUUGUUUGAGGAGCUCUUGGCACUCGAGUGCUGUGGUCCAAGAACAGAGCUUCCAGGCAUUACCAGCCCAGCGACAGGCCACAAAAACAAUUCCAAACUGGCUUCCCAAGAAGCACUUGUCUGUCCUCAUCAAACCACACCACUGACUCAUCUAAAUGCUUGCUGAUUUGUUUUUAACCCCGAAUCCUUCCAGCUUCCUGAGUGUUUCCAAGCUGCAGGGAGCAGGAAGGUAACGUCUGGAGGGAGCUGCUUGAAGCUGUGCGGUGCCAGAGAGACUCAAAAGCUCCCUUGCAGAAGAGUGCGGUAGACAGAAGAGGGUGCUGCGGGCCCGGCCACCUCCCUGCCCCUCCAGCGGAGUGUCACAAGGAACACCGAGUUCCCGCAGCAUUCAAGCAGCUUUCCUGGCUCCCAAACAACCUGGAAGAGAAGCAGAGCGGUGCGAGGCUGCUCUCCAAUGGGUGACGGGGUCCCCGGAGCUCCUGGCCUUCCAGCUGCGGAAGGGGAUGAGGAGUAGAAGGUUCUGGUUUUGGCUGAGCAAGAGGCAGUGAGGAGGAGCAAGGAUGUCCAUGAGGAGCCCCGUUUCUCCCUCCCUGGAGCUCGAUGGCGCGGGCAGCAUGGUGAACUGCACCAUCAAGACAGAGGAGAAAAAGGAGGGUGGCUACGAGACCCCCCCGGGGGCUGCCCCCAGCACUGAGCCCUGUCCCUGCGACCCACCGGGACCCCCACCGAGGGACAGCACCGACCCCCAGGCCCUGCCACAGGAGUCCCCCUCGCCCGCUGGUGAUGCUCUGGAGCCCAGGCGCUCUGCCUUCGAGCCGGCCGUCAGCAGCCAGGAGAAGCUGGACUUCAACAGGAACUUGAAGGAGGUGAUGCCAACCAUUGAGAAGUUACUGUCCAGUGACUGGAAGGAGCGGCUGCUGGGCAGGAACACUGCUGAGUCCAAGGAAGUGAAAGGAACCCAGGAGAGCCUGGCAGAGAAGGAGCUCCAGUUGCUUGUCAUGAUCAACCAGCUCUCCACGCUGCGAGACCAGCUCCUGACGGCCCACUCAGAGCAGAAGAACAUGGCCACGAUGCUCUUUGAGAAGCAGCAGCAGCAGAUGGAGCUGGCGAGGCAGCAGCAGGAGCAGAUCGCCAAGCAGCAGCAGCAGCUCAUCCAGCAGCAGCACAAAAUCAACCUCCUGCAGCAACAGAUCCAGCAGGUCAACAUGCCCUAUGUCAUGAUUCCCGCCUUCACCCCCAGCCACCAGCCUCUCCCCGUCACUCCUGACUCCCAGUUGGCGCUCCCCAUCCAGCCCAUCCCCUGCAAACCAGCAGUGGAUUACCCAGUGCAGCUACUGCACAGCCCCCCUCCUCCUGCGCUGAAGAGACCCGCCGGCUCGGGCCACCUCCAGAUGCAGGAGACCUCGCAGCCGCUGAACCUGACAGCUAAACCCAAAGGUUCCGACCUCCCCAGUGCCUCCAGCUCGCCCAGUUUGAAGAUGAGUGGCUGCCAGUCCCUCCCGCCGAGCCACGGGGCCACCAGGGACCUGCAGCCCAGCCCAUCCAACCUGCCUCUGGGGUUCCUGGGUGAAGGCGAUGCCAUCACCAAAGCCAUCCAGGACGCGCGGCAGCUGCUGCACGGGCACAGCGGAGCCAUGGAUGGAUCACUGAGCAACCCCUACCGCAAGGACCACGUCGGGAUUGAUUCUUCUCCAGUGAAGGAGCGGAUGGAGGAGACCCCUGCUCACCGGCUGGACGAGGCUCUGUUGAGCUGUGAGAUGGAUGGCUCCCGGCACUUUCCGGAAUCCAGGAACAACAACCACAUCAAGAGGCCCAUGAACGCCUUCAUGGUGUGGGCAAAGGACGAGAGGAGGAAGAUCUUACAGGCCUUCCCGGACAUGCACAACUCCAGCAUCAGCAAGAUCCUGGGAUCCCGCUGGAAAUCCAUGACAAACCAGGAGAAGCAGCCCUACUACGAGGAGCAAGCCCGGCUGAGCCGGCAGCACCUGGAGAAAUACCCCGACUACAAGUACAAGCCCCGACCGAAACGAACCUGCAUCGUGGAGGGGAAGCGGCUGCGGGUGGGCGAGUACAAGGCAUUGAUGAGGAACCGGAGGCAGGAUGCCCGGCAGGGCUACGUGCUCGGGCCCCAGGGCAGCCAGAUGCCCCCCAGCUCAUCAGAUGUGCUGUACCCACGGCCGGUGGGCAUGCAGCUGAUGGAGCACUACCUGCCCCGCAGCAUGGAGCCCAGCAUGCCCGUCAUCGUCAACACCCGCAGCCUCAAGGAAGGGGAUGGAGGGGAGGACGGGCACUCGGUGCCUGAUGCUGAGAUGUUCCGCUACAGCGAGGAGGAGGACUCGGAGGGUGAGGACAAGAGCGACGGCGAGCUGGUGGUGCUGACGGACUGAGCGGGGCCGGGGGGGGAUGCAGAAGGGCUGGUUGCCACCAAAAAGGAGGUCACAGCAUCCCCCCGAUGUGCUGGGGCUCGGCUGAAGGGCUGCCCUGGGAGCAGAGGAAAGCAGGAGUCCCUACUGCCUGCUUGCAAAUAGGUCCUACAAAGGUGGGCACCCAGCAUUUUGGGUAGGUGCUUCCUGGGGAGGGGGUGAUGAGCAGUGAUGUGCUGCAUGGCUGGGAUGUGCCAACCUCACUGGGCAAGCUGGUGGGAGCUGGCUCAGUGUUGCCCCAUCAGCGGGGGCAUAGGGAGCUGAGGCCACAUGGGAUGUGGGUGCCACAGCUGCUGAGCUGUCACUUUGGGAUGGACCUGAGGGUAUCCGGGUGUGGGGAAACCUCCAGAGCAUCACCCAGGGGUCUUGUGCAGAGACCCUUCCUUACCUGCAGGAGCUGCCAGCCCUGGGGACACGGGAUGGGGACAUGGGAUGGGGACACGCUCACCCAGCCCCGCUCUGGCCUCCCUGCUGUGUUUCCCACUUGGUCUUUAGAGCCUGCCAGCAAAUUCCCAUGGAGCCAUUUUUAGCUCCCUCCUGGCCUGAGCACCAGCCAAGGGCUCCAAGGAGCCCUUUGUGCUCCUGUCAGCUCUGGCCCACUUUAUACAUCAAGUGGGUGCCUGUUCCCUGCCUGCGGUGGUGGGUACGUGUCCCAUCCAUCCCUGGGCACCUCCUUGCCCCCCAGCUCUGCGAGUCUCAGGCUCUACCUGUGCUCUGCAGUGUGAAAACCCCCAAAAGGGAGAGGAAAAAGAACAGCCAUUAAAAAAUAACUCAAGAAAACCCCACCUUGCUCCGGUCAGAGCCCAGCCUGGGGGUGUUUGGGUGCAGCUUGGCAUGCGUGCAUGCAGUGUCCAGUGUUCCGUGCAGUGUCUGGCAUUCCACGCAGUGUCCGGCUGUGCAGGCAGUGUCCAGCAUUCCAUGCAGUGUCCGGCAUUCCAUGCAGUGUCCGGUUGUGCACAGAGUCCGUGCACCGCCCUGUGGCAACAGCCGGGAACAGGCACCGCAGCUCCGGCUGCAUCCGCAGCCCCACACUGCAUGGACCUUGUUGGGGUGCAGAAGGAGCCGUGGCUGCAGUGGGGCUGGGAUGACCCCUGCAGUGGGGGCUUUGCAGCAGACCCACAUCCUCAGCCCCAUGGUGGGGGUUCAGAGCAGCAGCUCUGCAGCAUCCGGGCCCCAGUGCUGCUCCCCUGCAUCCCAUAGGGCUGCCAUCAGGAUAUGGCUCAUCCAAGGGAGCAUCCUGCCUCCUCACCCAGCCAGGAAACACCUUGCUCCUCUCCUGCCCUUCGUCAGUGCUUUAUUUAUUCCCCAUCCCUGUGCUGCCCUGGGGCUGGGGUCCCUGGGGAAGGGGUCCCUGGGGUAAGGGUACCAGCUCCCAGGGUGGGAUGCGCUCUGCUGCAGAGGGGGCUGGAAGCAGAUGUGCCCAACAAAGAUGCAGCUCUUCCUCUCUCUGGUUCUGUUUGGGUAUUUUUUUGUUCUUCUGUUUAUUUUUUUUUUCCUUUUUUUUUUUUUUUUAAGAUUGUAAAUAUAGAUAGAGCUUUAUUUUGUUAAUAAGACCACGAGUAACUUAACCUGUAUAUUUCACAUACUUGUUUACAACUGUCUCCCCCCACCCCUUGCCACAAUAAAGAUGACUUUUUGGAGCAGAGA